AUGGCAGCCGGGAGUGGUAGUGACACCGUCUCCUCAUCCUCCCUUGACCACUCCGCCUCUGCCGCGGCUGCUGCAUUGGCGGGCGACUCCGCCCACUGUGCGAGCAACGCCUCCAUCGCCGUCUUCCUCUUCGCGAAGGAGAAGCUGCUCUUCCGCUACCCCGAUACGGAUCCCUUUGUUGUGGACGUGGCCGCGCAGGGCUCCCCCGCCACCUCAUCUUCUUCGGCAGCGACGGGUGGAGCGGCGGCGGCGACGGGCGGAUCGGCGGCGGCAGUGGCAGCGGCAGCAGCGGCAGCGGCAGCGGCAGCCGACGCAUCGAGUAAGAAGGCUUCGGGCGAGAGCAACGCGUCUUCUGCCCCCAGCGCCGCGCACGCAGCGCCUUCGCAGUGGGACCGUCAACGCGGUCGUGGCCCCUAUGCCGAGCAAACGAAGAGGGGCGGCGGCGGCGGCGGCGGCGGCAACAGCAACAGCGGUGGCACUCAUGUGGACCCGGAUGAUUUCAGCAACACACAGACACCGACCUCAUCGAUGAACGGCGGUGGCGGCAGUCGACUGAAGAAGUCGUCACACGUGCACGUCACUAUGGCGGGGGAUGUCAAGGACGGUCAUCAACACCACGGCGCUGGCGGUGCCCAACCGCCAGGUGGGGCCGCUCCGGAUUCCAGCGCGCCAGUCAGCAGCAGCAGCGGCGUGGCACCGCAGCGCGGAAUGCGGCGGCCAGCCUCCAGCUAUUCGCUGGUGAACGAUCACGUGAGCAGCAGCGGAGGCAGCUUAGGUCACGGGCACUGCACCGUAUCGGCUGGUGGAGGCGGCACAGCAGCCGCUGAGGGUCGCCGCGGGCUCACGGCAAGGGGGCAACCCGGCAACUCGCCAGGCUCGAUGAUCCAAGUUCAGCACACGUCCACUGGAAGCAUGCGGCGUCAGUUGUCUGGUGCGGCAGUGGCCGCCGCCUCCUCUAUCAGUGGCUCCUCCAACACGCGCAAGUCGACCAACGUUUCCGCAGGGGCUGCCGCUGGUGGUGGCGGUGGUCCGGCAUCGGGUGGCGGUCGCAACGGAGCCCCACAGCAGCCGCAACAGCAGACUGCCACCACGGGUGCUGCCACGUGUGUCGGUAUCGCCCCCAAUGUGCUCAUGCACCUCCUGCGUGGGGCUCUGUGCGGCACCACCACCAUCAACAUGGUCAACUGCACCUUCCUUGUGUUUCCGCUGUUCAUCGGAUCCGCCGCACCAAACACGGUCAGCGGGCGCGACGGCACAGCAGGUAGCAGUAGCGGUAGCUUCGGCCACCUUGAUCGUCUGCGGCUGCCACACCGCUCCGGCACGGCGCUCCUCGUAGUCGCGAUGAAGGAGCCAGACACGGACACCGGCGCCAUUGCAAACUUUACUCAGUGCUUCGUGAACAUUCUGUGCCGCGAGGAAUACCGCUGCCAGUACGUGUCCACGGAGCUGGAGAGGAUGGAGAUGCUUACCAACCACUGGGAGGUCGGCGGCGCCGCUGCGUUGGCGAGCGCUGCGGCCGCGGCCGCAGAGAAGCGGUGUCCGCCCGGAGAGGCAGCGCAUCACGAGCCCUUGAUGGCUGGAGGAGCCGGGGAGCCCUCCGGCGCUGGCGGCAGCGCAAUCUCUACGUCGGCAUCCGUCUCGCCCGCGCGAGAUCGCCACCAUCGCGCGGCCAGUCCUAUGGGUGGUGGCGCUGACAUGAACACCGCCUCCUCCGGCAACUACGACUAUCUGUUUUCCGCCUCUCGACCCGCUCUCCGCCACAAGCUUGUGCCCGCUGUGGCCAGCGGUACCGAAAGCGAAAAGACCGCUUUGACAAGCCGCGGCGAUCGCGGCGCUGCGUCGGGGGCUCGCACGAGCCUGCAUCCUGCCUAUAAUCAGCAGCACCACCUUCAUCGCUCGAGAGAGUCCUCACCUUCUGCCGCCUCACAGGGAAGCAUGGCGGAGCCUCUGCUGGAGUGGGCUGAUCCGGACGACGACGCGGAUGGUGACGCUGGUGCGUACCGUGAAGACGUCCGCGAUGCGGACCAUGCCUUCUCGUGCACCGCGUCACCGUCCGCUGGGAAAGGUGGAGAGCACAGCGGCAGCCGUCGCGACUGUUUGUCGCCUGCUGCAACUGCCUCGUCCGCUCUCACCACCUCCCCGUCGGCACGCUCCUUGUACCAGCAGCUCGCCGUGCACGUGCGGCUGGCGUACGAGGUGCUGCGCGUGGCGCGGUGCAUUGACGUCUGGAACCGCACGAUGCGCGGUGGGUGCAGUGCGGGCAACGGCGCCGGUGGAGGAGCACUCGAGGGUGGUUUGUGGGGCAGGAGGACAAGCUGCAUGACAGGUUGCGGUCGUGGCGCCGCCGGUGCAUUACGAGAGCCGCGUCGGCGUCCAUCCAUCGCUGCGGGCUGCGCGCAUCAGCAGCAGCAGAUUACCUUCGCCUCCGCCGGCACCGCCUUCGACACUCUCCCAGAGGCGCUCCUGAUCAACCACAUGUUGCUGCUGCCCAUGUCUCAUCUGACAGGCGCUGAGCGGCAGGAGGAGACCGCCAGUCUGCGCUCGGCCUCCUCCCGCAUCCACCCCUGCAGCGUGCUCACCGUUGAGGCGGACCAGUUCACCGAGCAGCUACAGCACCGCUAUCUCGACAUGAUGGGGAGGCGCUACGCCAAACUCAUCCCGCUGUCGACGGUGUACGCGUUGCUGCAGGCGCUGCCGUCGCCGCGACGAGCCGGCUCGUUUUAUCGAAGUCUUGAGCUCGCCUUUCUGGAGGCGGUGCAGCGACGCCACGCCCGUGCCGCUGCGGCGGCGGCGGCGAACAACACCAGCAUCACUAGCGUGAGCGGAGGGUUGGACCUAGGCGUGACCGCCACCUCAGUGUCGCAGGCAGACCUUCUCGGCAUCCGCGACACAAUCGAUGAGGACCCAAAUGCCCUUCAUACAUCCGCAGCGGCGGCGGCGACGGCCACGACAGCUGCCGGGAUCGAUUUCCUCGCGAUGGAGAUUAUCGACUUCCUGCGCGUGAACGGCGCUAUCUCCGUAGCGUCGGAGAUGCACGUGUGUUUCACACACGGCGAGGUGACCCCGGUGGCGUUUCUGGAUGCCGCUGUCGCACGCCGUCGCCGUCAUCGCCUGAAGGCAGAGCAGCGAAAGGUAAAGGCCGCUGCAGCUGCAGUGGCAGCACUGAAGGAGAGCGAGGAUGGUGACGCUGGCAAGCAUAGAAAGUGCCGCGAUCACCGACGCUAUACGACGCGUGACGCCGAGAUGGACGCGAAGGCAGGCAUCAACGGCGAGGCCGACUCGGCUGUCGCCACGACGGGGCUGCGCACAUCGAUGAAGGCGAUGGGCGAUUCCGCAAGCGCGAGUAAGAACUGGAUGUCGUCCCAUACGACGGUCAUGGGAUCCGCCACCGCCGGUGCGACGCCGGAGGCUACAGCUGACCCGUUGGACGCGGUGUUGGACAUGGAGACGGUGCCGGCAGCGCUGGUGUUGUACAUGCUGGAGUGCGUCGUCGACACACAGCAACACCGCCAUCAACCACACCAACAGGAGCAGUACCACUCACUCGCUGUGAUCAGUGGCAGUGAUCAGCGUGGGGAGACGGCAACGCCGAUGACAAGCAUGGCAGGACUGCCAAAGACACCGAGCACCGGCAACACAGCGACAGUGGGUAGUGUGUCUGGCCGCACGCCGCGGUGUUGGAGCGCUGGCACGAUCUCGGCGGGGAAGCAUUCCUCCCAGGUUGGUUACCGGGCCAACGAGCACGACACCUCGCUGCGGCCUCCCCACGGCCGCAGCGGCACAUUAGCGGCGGCGGGGGCUAGUACCUCGCUCACGCAGGGGUGGCAGGGCAGCCCUCACCUGUCCGCCGGAGCAGUGGGCACAACCUCCUCUCCGUCUCUGCACUUCGCGACACACACGGCCGCCACCAGUACUCUUCCCCCUGCCGCCAUCGCCACUGCGCCACAGUCAGCGUUGUCGCUCGCAGCGCCGGGACCGCUGUCAGUGUACUGUGCGUGGGGCUCGGCAUGUCCCCUGUGCGAGCUACUAAUGGUGCAUCCGCAGUGCUGGACGACGCGAAGCCAUCGCGACUACACGCUGGGCUUCUACACUAUCAAUGCAGCCCGGCCUCGGUACUACAACAGCGGCCCCGCCAUUCAACUCACCUUCCCGUCCCUCGACGAGAGUGUCUGCACGUGUGCGCGGCACGCCCGCCUUCUGCGCGACAACGCAGACUUCACGGCUCUCAUGCAGAACAGCUACACUGGAGACGGCAGCGGCAGCAGCCUGCUGCAUUCCAUGCAGCCAUGGUUCAUGCGGCCGCACAUGUUCCUCACCCCAGUGACGGCGGCCUACGGUGUGUCGCCGUACGAGGUGUUUGAGCGCAUGUCGUAUCACUGCAAUCGGCUUAGCAGCGGCAGCGGACACAGCCAGCGGCUCCCACACCAUCACCCAUCGCAUUCACCCAUGUCUGGCGAGUCUGCCGCCACAGCCGCACCGCUGAUCGGGGUGAACAGCACCAGCUCCCUCAUCGAUCCCGAUCCUCGCGACCUCCUGCUCAUCUCUCGCGCGCAGGCGCACCCGCACGAAACCUCUGUUGUCACGGCCUGUCGUGACGCCGCCGUCGGCAGUGCGAAGGAGCAAGGCCACACGCUCCUGCAGUGCGCCGACAUACCCGAAGCCGCGGUGGAGUACCUUCGCCGCUCCGCUGAAGUCAUCAAGCAGCGCCUCGACUACGCGCGGCGACAGCAGAGCCUCCUAGAGCGGUACGAACAAGCGUGGGAGCAGCAGAGCACGGCGCCGGCAAGGACAGCAUCAGUCGCGUCCACAGCGACCCCCGCUGCCGCUCCAGACGCAAACCCCGCCGCCCAGCCAGCGAGGUCCGCUGCGGUGGCCGUGGCUAAGCCGGCAUCCAGCUUGGCGAUUCAAGUGUCGCAAGGCCAAACCGUGCAAGGUGCGGCGAGUUUCAGUAGCCAUGCCGACGCUGCCAGAGGUGAUGGUAGCUCUCCGUCUUUCUCCUCCAUUCCCGUCUCCGCAACCGUAGCGCCGCUGGGCAGGAGUGCCAACCCCCAGCCACGCUCCCUGCGCUACGGCCGCCGCCAGCUUCCCCUGCACACCGCCUCCAGGCCCCUCGCGAAUCAAGCGCUGCUGUUUGACAGCACCACGCCAGCCGAAAUGGACAGCGCCACCGACGCCCUAGCACCACAGCGCCAGCAGGAGCAACAGCGGAACUACACGAGCUCGACGCAUAUCGACCCGCACACGCAGUCUAUCACCAGCGCGUCCGCCGCCACGCCGCUCACUGGGGUCGGCGGCCUGCUUGGGACGGAGCGCUCUCUCCCAGUGGAAGUUCUGCUGCAGUACGUGCUGCAUCACGUGAUCGCGCUCAGCUGGGGAACGCGCGGACUCGAAGUGGACACGCUGGUGCGUCUCCUUGAGCGCAAUCUGCGCCGUCUUCCGCCACUACUCGCGAAUCUGCCGUACAUCAUGCAGCUGCGCAGUGCCGGAUACACGAGCGCGUUGGCUGCGGCGGCGUCAGCAAGUCGCACCACUGCAACCAGUGCAGCUGGAGAGGCCACGGCAGUUGUGUCUUCUGUCUUCACCACGGUACACACGCGCCUCGCCGCCCCGUCGUUACCUUCUUCGGUCCCCGUGCAUGAUGCGGCGGCCCAGGGAUCCUUCCAAGGCACCUCACCAGACAGAUCUGUGACAAGUCCCUACAGCGGCAUGUCGCACGCGGCCACCAGUGCCCCCAUCACAGAGGCAGAGGUACAGCUGCUGCAAGCCUACGAGGUGCUCGAUCAGCUGAGCUUGAUGAAGCUUCUGUCCGCGUACGCGACGUGGCCGGUGCGCACGGUGCCGACGCGGCUGCUGCUGCACACGGUGGUGAACGAGUUCAGCGACGUUCUCUACGUGGACAGCUCGGAGCGUAACGGCGAUGCAGAGCAUUGA